AUGAACAAACACUUCCUGUUGCUCUUCCCCCUGUGCUGCCUCAUUGUGGCAGUGACAUCGCUUAGGUGCAUAACAUGUCACCUUCGCACACAGACAGACCACUGCAGAAGAGGCUUUGGUGUCUGUAUUGCUCAGAAGCACGAGACAUGCAUGCUAUUAAAGAUCUUUCAGGAUGAUGCUCUCCAGACGUCAUAUAUGGUGUGUCAGAAAUUCUGCAGAGACUUGACAUUAGAUCUCAAUAAUCGAAUUUAUGUUCAUAAAUGCUGCAACUACGAUUACUGUAACUUCAGACCCUAA